AUGGCAGGACAAAUUCCUGUUGUUCGUGAUAUAUUUGGAAGCAUAUCUGUGAUAAUUAGGUCCGCUGUAAACAAGGUCUACCCUUGGUUUAUUCCGGAAUCAAACAAAUCUAUACUCCAGCUCUCUGGUAAUUUAAAAUUUGGAGAUUACAAAUCAACCAUUGCCAUGCCUAUUGCCAAAGGGUUAAAAAAUCGAGACAAAGAAUCUGCAUCCAACCCAAAAGACAUAGCAAGAAAAAUUAUAGAGAAUAUGAGCUCAUCUCCAUUGAUUGAAAAAUGCGAAGUGGCUGGUCCUGGGUUCGUUAAUAUCUACUUGAAGUCAUCUUUUAUUUCUGAAGUUAUUUCUAAUAAUCUGAAGCAUGGCGUUCAGCCUCCAGUAAUUGCAAAAAGUCUUCGAGUUGUUGUUGACUUUUCCUCUCCUAACGUUGCCAAAGAAAUGCAUGUGGGACAUCUUCGCUCAACCAUCAUUGGAGAGUGCAUUUGUCGUCUGCUGGAGUUUGUUGGUCAUGACGUUGUCAGGUUGAAUCACAUUGGUGAUUGGGGUACUCAAUUUGGCAUGCUCAUAGCUCAUUUGAAGGACAAGUUCCCCAAUUAUACAACUGUAUCUCCACCAAUUGGUGACCUGCAUUCCUUUUAUAAGGAAUCGAAAAAGCGUUUUGAUGAUGAUCCUGAUUUUAAAAAGAGAGCAUAUGCUGAUGUUGUAGGCCUCCAGCAAGGUGAUCCUGAAGUUCGAAAAGGUUGGAGUCUUAUUUGUGACGUUUCUCGAAAAGGUAUGGCACUUUGCAUCAAUGUACUAAAUUAA